AUGCAGCUCCCAUGGCGGGGGCAGGAUGGUGAGGGCCUUUUGCCUGUUGUGGAGAAUCCAUCCUUUUCGGGAACUGGUUUAGAGUCCUCGAGCGAUGAACAGCGGAAGCACAUCCGGCCACCUUCGAGGCUGGCGCGAACGACACCAUCCCAGUCGCGAGGUGUUGCCGAACAAUUCUCUUUUACUAGCCCCGAAGAAGUCGCGUCUCGGCUAGGUACAUCCUUAACACAUGGCCUUUCGGAAGUCGAAGCGCUCAAACGGCUUAGCGACUACGGCCCGAACGAAAUCUCCCACGAUGACCCGGAGCCCAUCUGGUUAAGAUUCCUAGGCCAGUUCAAGGAGCCCCUUAUCUUGCUUUUGCUCGCUUCGGCAGGCGCCUCCAUACUAGUCGGAAACAUGGAUGAUGCGCUGAGCAUCACCGUUGCCGUAACUAUUGUCGUCGCUGUCGGGUUCAUCCAGGAAUACCGCUCCGAGAACGACACCGAACCCGACCCUGGCCACACGUCCCAGCGCGUGGCCACCCGCCGUCGGAGAUGCGCUACAGGGAAUCAAUUCUCCCGGCGCAACGACCCCGGGGAGGAAACGCUGGAGGCUGCUUCUUCCAAAGUCAUGGCUUCCCAGCUUGUGCCAGGCGACCUGGUCCUGUUCACGACCGGCGACCGUAUACCAGCCGAUAUCCGCGUGACGAAAGCAGUCGAACUCACCAUCGAUGUAUCGAACCUUACAGGCGAAAAUGAACCUGUUCGGGUCAUUUCAGAGGCGAAGAAAAACACCCCCAGGCCCCUCCCCAGAUCGCCCCUGCAACACUCCAUGGAUGAGCUCGGGUCGCAGCUCAGCAAGCUCUCAUUUGUCAUCAUUGGACUUAUUUCCUUCGUUGGGUGGCUACAAGGCAAGAACUUACUCGAUAUCUUCACGAUCUCCGUCUCUCUCGCUGUCGCCGCGAUUCCCGAAGGCCUCCCCAUCAUCGUCACCGUCACCCUUGCCCUCGGCGUGCACCGCAUGGCUCGUCACAAUGCCAUUGUGCGAAGAAUGCCCAAGGUUGAGACCCUAGGCUCGGUCAACGUUGUUUGUACCGAUAAGACAGGCACUCUAACGACAAACCACAUGACUACCUCCAAAAUGUGGUAUUUCGGAUCCGACAACGCCGUCAACGUAGACUCUGAUGAUGAGGCGACUGACACGAGGCCUGAUGCCGCCACCCUCCGUAUUAUCCGCAUCGGAAACAUUGCUAACAAUGGCCGGUUGGCGCGCCAGUACGCCGAAGAAGGGAAGCCUCGACUAGGGCUCGGGCUGUUCUAUCUUCGACCCAGAGUCGCUAUGGCCAAGCCUGGACUCGGUGGGUUCAAGGAACACGAUGCGAGAGACACCGUCGGCCCCCGCAUCAGCGACACUCCGUUCAGUUCGAGCCGCAAGUGGAUGGGGGUUACUGUUGCCUCGGAGAGGUCGGAUCGAGAGUUUGCGUACAUGAAGGGGGCCAUCGACAAGAUUCUUGCUGCCUGCGACACGUACGUCACAGGCGAUGGCCGCGAGAUUGUCUUGGACGCUGGUAGAAAGCAGGAAGCGCUUGAAGCUGCAGACGCGAUGGCCUCGCAAGGUCUGCGCGUCUUGGCUUUCGCUAGUGGCCUCGUCUCGAAACCCGACGGCGAGGGCUCGCCACACAGCACCGAGGACAUCUACAAAGGCUUGACUUUUGCCGGCAUCGUUGGCAUGCGCGAUCCUCCUCGUCCUGGUGUCAGCCGUUCCAUCAGGAAGUUGAUGCGUGGCGGAGUCAAGGUCAUCAUGAUCACGGGAGACGCAGAGGCCACGGCGGUGGCCAUCGGCCGGCAACUCGGGAUGAACAUUGCGGUAGCUAGCGAAGGACGGGCGCCAGGGCAGUCCACAGUUCGGCCCGUGCUUACGGGUGAGGAGGUCGACUCCAUGUCGGAGGAGGCUCUCGCGCUCGCCAUGAGUCACACGACUAUCUUUGCCCGCACGAACCCUGACCACAAACUGAAAAUCAUUCGCGCUUUGCAGUCCAGGGGCGACAUCGUGGCCAUGACUGGCGACGGGGUGAAUGACGCGCCGGCUCUGAAAAAGGCAGACAUUGGUAUUUCGAUGGGUCUUCACGGCACCGACGUUGCCAAGGAGGCGGCUGACAUGAUCUUGACGGACGACGAUUUCUCCACGAUCCUACACGCUAUCGAGGAGGGCAAGGGCAUCUUCAACAACAUCCAAAACUUCCUCACCUUCCAACUCAGCACCAGUGCAGCAAGUUUGUCGCUGGUACUCGUUUGCACUUGCCUUGGGUUCAAGACGCCGCUAAAUGCGAUGCAAAUUCUCUGGAUCAAUAUCAUUAUGGACGGCCCGCCCGCCCAGUCGCUUGGUGUCGAGGCUGUUGAUAAGGACGUGAUGAACAAGCCGCCACGCAGACGCGGCGACCCUGUCUUGACCCAGGCGCUCAUCAGGCGGGUUCUGACCUCGGCCGCUAUCAUCAUGCUGGGCACGAUGCUGGUGUAUAGCCGAAUGCUCGCGGACGGUGAGGUCACGCGCCGAGACACCACCAUGACCUUUACCUGCUUCGUCCUCUUCGACAUGUUCAACGCGCUCGCCUGCCGAUCCGAAUCGAAAUCCAUCCUGCAGGGUGAGAUUGGGUUGUUUUCCAACACGCUCUUCAACUGGGCCGUCUCCCUCAGCAUCGCCGGUCAACUCUUAGUGAUCUACCUCCCUUGGCUUCAGGAGGUAUUCCAGACCGAACCUCUCGGAUUCUAUGAUCUAGUGGGCCUCGUAAUGCUGUGCAGCACCGUCUUUUGGGCCGACGAGGCGAGGAAGUGGUUGAUGUACGGAAAGAAGAAGCGCCUCGGAAGCGGGUACAGCCAAGCUGUAUAA